GUUUCGAGACCAGUCACUGACAGUGUUCUUGAGUCUUGUUCCCGCCGUUCGAGCCCGAGAACAAGAAACCCGUGUCAAGCAGAACAGGGCGCCCGAACUCAACCAUGGUCCUCCAGCCCCCAUCUGUCUUCUUAAAGUUAUUUCGCCGAUGUAUGGGGGUGCACUUAAGCUCAGGGCAGAUAUGGCGGAUAACGCUGGCGGCGAGUAAUUAUGGAUGGCAACUUCGAGCUCAACGACAAGAUCGCUCCCGAUUUGAAGGCAAAAUUUUUUUUUUCUUCCCAAAUAUUAUCAGAUGGUUGAUUUCAUAGAAUGGACUACGUAUACAUCUCAGUGCUUGUGUAGCAUGAAAACAAGAAGUGACACAACAGGAAUCACAGAAUUGCUAUCAAACUUGCGUGAACAGAGACUAAACAAUGAAUUUUAGUACUGAGAACAAAUGACAACCAAUACAUUUUGUAUUCCCACCUUUUGUUACUGCAAUAAAAUAGUGGAAUGAAGCCACCUCUAUGUAAACCAUGAGUAGAACCGGCCGAGACAGUUACUCCAGUCGACCAAUCGACUCCCUGGAUUCCUUUGAGCAUCUUGAAGGCAUUAUAAACAGCCAGUCGGAUGUUGAAUUUGGAGCUGACCUUCCCUUUGAUGAAUUCCCUCCAGAAUUCCAUCUUCACCCAGAUGAUUUCUCACUGGAUGAUCUGCAUGGCCAUAGAACUAUCCAGGAAGAGUGCUUGACCAAUGAAUCCCUAAGGGGUGAGAUCCUACAAUUUGAUAAUGAGCAUGAAACAAGUGGCCUUCUGAAUGAAAGUGAGCUUUUGAACAAUGUCGAUCGGUGUAGUGAUUCAGGAAGCAAGUGUCCCAGUGACAGUUUUCUUAAAGAAGAGAACCUCUCCUUGCAGGGAUCUUCCACAGACGUGUUGCAGAGGUACAUGGAAGCCACCCCAAGGCUUGGCACCCCCCCACUGGAACAUAUAUACAGCAAUACAUCUGUCAAUGGACUCAGUGACGAAUCUUCCAGGCACUCAGAUGACGUUUUUAACCAUCAUGAAUCACUUCAUAACAGCAAUGAUGAGCAAUACUUGGAGAGUUUACCCCCAGAAAAAUCAGAUGAAAUUGGAAAUUGCAGUAGGGACAUGAGCAAUGGAUGUAGUGAUGGAGGUAGUAUGGCAGUAGAUUCAAAUGAUCUAUCAGAUGGGGCUUCCAUGGAACUGAACAAAACUGUCGUUACUGUAGAUAGCCAUUUCCCUGGAAAACCUUCUGCAGCAGCUGCAGAAGAAAACUUUGGAGAUGAUCCAGCUGAUGGUAAAGAUAGUGAUUCUGCCAGUAUGAGCAUUGGUCAGUUUGUGCCCAAUGCUGUAAACAGAAAUCAUAUUCAGAGACCUUUGGGAAAAAUAGUUAACUGCUCCUCCCAAAAGAAUGAGAGAGACUUUGUCACACCUUCUGAGCUGAAAGAAUCCCACCGAGGAUCUGUGGCUAGUACAUCUGCCCGAUCAUCUUUUAGGAACUCACAAAGGAUCUCAACCGCAAGCUCCUCACAAAGGGACUGCAACUCUCCAAGGUAUUCUCAAAGGUCUGAGGACCUCUCACACCACUCAAGACACAAACAGUCUUCCUCAAAUAGCCCUGUGGUUCCUAGACUAGAACUGCACAGGGCUUCAACACCUAGCAGUGUAAACAGUCUGUCCUCUGAACCGUCUAAGCUUGACCUCUCACUCAGACUGGAGGAAGAAUCCAAGACUAGGCAACAAGCUAACGAGCUCAUUGAGCAACUCCAAAAAAACUAUGAUGAGUUGCUUGGUAAAUAUGCACGGGCAGAGAACACAAUAGACCUGUUGAAACUGGGGGCCAGAGUUAAUCUGUAUGGAGAUAAUCCAGCACCAAGGCAGAGUCUACAGGGGACACUUUCUCCUUUGCAGAGGCCCAGCGCUGUCAUCUUUGGUCAUCCUCAAAAGGCAACUAUUUUGUCAUCAAGUUCCCAUGUUUCUGAAGGUCAAACAGGAAGACAGCCCGCCAGUCAGACUGGGCGCUCUACAAUAGAUAUGCAGACAAAUAACAACAAUGUGCAUGUAGUGGGAACUACAAGAACUACACCCACCGAGAUAACAAGGGUGUCUAAUUCUAGUGGUUUUGCAGCAGGUGACGGCAGUCUGAUGGCACUGAUAUUCCAAGUGAAGAACCAACAGGAAGAGAUUGAUUCCUUUGGGCUACUCCUUCAAGAGGAGCAGCUUCCUCUUGAAGAACAAAAAGCAGGAGUGGAUCGGCUGAGGACAGAUCAGGGCAAGUUGGAAGCAGACUACAUGCAAACUAAGGAAGAGUAUAGUGCCCUCCAGCGUAGAAAUAGUCUACUCAGCCAAGGCCCAGAGAUGACUUUCGACCCAGACAGGACACUAGAGGGUGAAAUCUUCCAGCUGGGUAUGAAACUUGAUGAUAUAACCGAGAUAGUCCAGAACAAUCUAUGCAAUAACCCACCGACCCUACAGUCCAAGCCUCAUACAAGUCAGCCUCAGGGAUUGAUCAGCAAAGAUAAGGAAUUACAAGAAACACUUCAUCAGGAUUUGCAAAGGCAGUUCCAAUACUCAAGGAAAGAGAAGACAGGAGGUUCAACAAAAGAAGAGGAUGAACAAGAUGUUGCUGGAUUUAGUCCUGAUAAACCUGGCAGUGGAAAUUGUUUUUCACCAAACAAGACCCAGGAAGAACUGCCUUCCCAUGGGAAUGCAUCUUCUGUCUUUCCACCACCGAACCUGUCUAGACCAACCACUGGCGAAGGAAUAGAGAGGAAGUCAAGAAGCAAAGUUGCAACCGAUGUGGCCAAGGGACAGAGACAGCCGACACAGAGUAAACGUCCCUUACCAAGGCCAACAUUACUUACCAGUACCAAUAAGAUGCCAAAUCAUGAGUUCCAUGGACCUACAGGCAAUAGGCAGCGUGCUAGUGACACCAAAAUGAAAGGUACCCCACAGCAACAUCUGGUUGAAAACAGCAUCAUGUCCCCAGAAGCAGACAGUGGGUUCAUGGGAUCAGAGAGCAGCCGACAGUCCAAUCAGAAUGGAAGAUCUGGCUCUGACAGUCACAACCAGCUGAGGAAACCUGGGAAUAUGUUUAGCCUUCAGUCAAAUAAGUUACCAAGAGGUCAGAGGUCCCCACCACUGGUUAACAGGAGGCUACCAGGAGGCUGGCAGAGCCCACAGUUCUCUGACAACAUCAGUGAACAGGAUGAAGACAUUGAGGAUUUGAGCAUUCAUUCUGAAGGAGCUGCCAAGAGAAGACAGGGUACAGUAGAAGAGGUGCUACCUGCAAAAAGUACAUCACAGAAGACAAGGAAGUCACUUGACAAACCAAAGCAGAGAUCAGCCAUAGAUACACCUGACAGAAAACGACCAGCAGCUUUGCGACAUCUUCAUGACAAGCAAAGAGAAAAGCAGCAUGCCUUAGAGACCCAAUAUACCAUGGACAGACAGUUGAUUUACCCAGAUGGGAGAGUAGGCACAAAAGAUCCUCCAAUGAGUUGGGAUGACCACAGCAGUGGCUCUUCAUCAUACCCAGAGUCUGUCUUUAACAAGCAUUUGCACAAGGAGUGUGCACAUUCGAAGCAGGGUAAUCCUAAGAAAGUUAUAAGAAUGGGAGUCAGUCCUGCUAGAAAUCCAGUCAGUGUUUCAAGGGACAGGAUGAGAAUAGUCCCGGAGCUCCAGAGGGAACAUGACUCUGAAUCAGACAUGACAAGAAGUAGGGGGAAGGCUGAAGCCAUUUGGGGCCUUCAAGACGAUAUAGAGCAAUUGAAACAUCAGGUGGCCAAAAUGAGGGGCCCUGAAAAAAGCCCAAGACACUCCUCAGCUGAGGUCAAACCACAUCACCCAAGUUCUAGCCUCAGAAAGACCCAGCUAGACUCCACUGAUUCUAAGCCUGGCAGUGGCCAGUCAGAGAUCUUGAGAGCCUUGCAGAAUGAGAUUGAUGAUUUAAGGAGCCAAGUCAAUGAACGAGAUGAAUCACCCUUAAUACACAAUUUGCCUCCCUCACAGACAUUUUUGCGAGAAACAGAGAUGAAUGAAUAUCAAGGUGGAUGUCACACAGACCCACCACCUCCUAGAGACAGGUUGCGAGAGACCCUCAGGCAAGCAUACAUUCCCAACAGUGGUCAUCAUUCCUUCACAAGGAGCCCCAUUAAGUCAUUCUGGUCCUCGAGUUCGCCUUACCAGUCUAGGUCACAUAACCCUGUGCCCAAGUUUGAAAGCACACCCUUCCACAGGAGUCCUUCCUUCAUUCCUGAAUCCAUGCCCUCUUCUGUAUCCCUUCCAGGGCCUCAUCAGUUCUCACAUUUUCAAUCGGGCUUUGAAAUGUCUCCAGACCAAAGGGUUACUUCCUCCCCUGCAUACACCUUUAAACAGAAACCAUGCCCACUGUGCAAUGGAAGUGGAGUGCACACCCAUGCAGAAUAUUCCCAGCCUCAGAAUUUGCACCCUAACUCAGUAGUAGUUCCCUCACAACUUGCUGGUUCAGCACCCAGUGAAGCAAACCAGUAUCCUGACACUGUUGCUGGAGCUGGCCAGAACCAACCUGCCUACUACCCAAAUCCAUCACAGGGUCAUAUGCAAACUUGUAGGACUGCAUGUCAGAGUCAGACUCAGUCUUCCAACUCGGAGCAGCAAUCCACCUUUAACCCUAACCAGCAAGUAUUAAAUGAACAAACCAUCCAAGGUCCACAAGCAGUUUUCAGUUCUCAGCCUACAUCAAAUCCAGUGUUUAACCAACCACAACCAGUAAUUACCAAACCACAACUGGUGCAUAACCAGCAACAUCAGGUGCUAAGUCAGUUGCAGCCAUCAUCUAAUCAGUCACACGCAAUGUUACAUCAGCUAAAGCCAAUUAUAAUCCCACCUGCACAAGCCCCUGUGAAUGAAAGCCUUGGCCAGACAACCUCAGUGCAAGUGCCAGUCUCAACACAAGCCCAAAUUUUUCUCUCCCCACUGGGUAAUUAUGUACCCUUGGUCAGUAUUCCGGUUAAUGCUGGUGUUCCAGUUAAUGCUACCCACCAGGACACUAGUGAGAAGCAGAGUGAAACUAGGAGGGACUGGGUACCAAGGACAUCAGUUAAUGGACAGAAAUGCCCCAGUAAGGCUCAAGAACCAGGAGGAACCAUCAUCUACAUCACACCUACCAAGAGGAGAGGCAGGUACUAUGUUCUGAAUGAUGAAGACACUGACAGUACUGGCAUAGAGGAGGAGUUUUAUUUCAAGAGGGGAAGCAGUAGCACAAAGGUUUCAUCAUUAAUGCCUAAAACCCAAGAUUCCAAGCUUGCUCAUCGUGCCAACCAGGAUCUGGAAGCAGCAGUUAAGAUGGCUGAUAGAUUGAACCAGUCAUCACACAAAAUGCUGGAAACUGUUUGUAGUGACAUCACUCAGUCACAGUUCCUUUAAUCACUUCUGGGUUGUCAUACUGACCAUUCAUGUAGUUCCUAAAUCAAACGUGGAGAAACUGAACCUAGGACACGGUAUCUAAAUGGGUCUUUACUGUAGGCUUUUUUGGAAUAAGGAAUUCCACAUUUGAAUUAAAACAAGUGCUACAACAUGGCUGAAAAGCCUGUACAUGUAUUUAAAUUUGUAUGGGCUUUAUGAACAUCAUCUGGAGGUGUGAAUGAAAUAACAAUGAAUGACAGUACCUACAAUUUUUUCUUCCACCCUCACAUCCAUUUUUCUCAUUAAUAUCAGCAAAAUAUGCACUGUGCAUACUACAGUCAGUAAUGUACGUGCACUUUGCACACUUAUGCUCACUUGUGCCUGAUUUCUAAUUGGAGAUUAAUACACUUCACUUGAUUUUUCCACAUAUGCCAUACAGGCCUGCUGCUAGGUCCCAUGUUGAGUACCAAGACAGACACAUUAAACUGUGUAAUGUUUCUUCAAAUACAAAUAAAAUCAAGAACAAAUUCUGAUCACAUGGAAAUUGUAAAAUUUUCCAUUUUUAUACUUACAUUUUUACAGACACUUCUUCCAUAUUUUUAUUAAAAUAUUUUUGCUUUCCGGGUAAUGCACAUUGCUUUUGUGCUGUUUUUAAAUUACUGCCUUCUAUCUCAAAAAUGUUAUCCUUCAAGACCUCUGCUGGGUCUCACUGUAAAGAUUGCCUUUCAGAUACAUUUCUCCUUCCUUUCUUUUGUUCAGGUACUUUUUGCAUGUUAUCUCUAAACAGACAUAAUUUCAUCAGUGGUAGAUUUUAUUGAAUACAAUUUUGCGAAAGAAUGAAAAGACUGAACUUGAAUGAACAAAUCUGAAAACUUGUUAAAGCCACUGAACAACUCGACACUGUCGCAUUAAAAUUUAGUUUGUAAACAAAUUAAGAGGUAGUUGUAUGGUACCAAAAGCAAGUGUUAAGAAUUAAGUGUAAUUUUGUAUUUGAAACUUAAUGCUCUACAUAUGCAUACUUUUGAUAAAAUUGUCAUAUUAAAAACAAAUUUAAUUUCAGCUGUAUGUCGUUUUUAAUUGAGAAAAUUUAAGUUCUUGCAUUGAUGAACAUGUGAGUUGUCCUACCUUCAUUUUCUUUACUGUAGAAAUAAACCAAAAGAUAAUUCCCUCUUUCCCCUGCCUUUUUUGAAAAACUCACUCAAUCUGUUUACUCAUUAAUUGAAGACAUCUAAUCUGAGAUGUCUUGAAACACUUGUGUCCAUGCAUGUUGCCAUGAAUUAGGACUUUUGAUUUGAAUACAUUUGAAAUUGAACAAUUUCCCUGCUUAAAUAUGAAAACAAAGAACAUCUUGUAAAUUUCAAGAUAAACUUCUUUUUCAACAUUUCCCUUGUACAUCUUGCAGGUAUACUGUCUGUAUAAAUGGUAAACUAGGGUAUGAACGUAUUGUAUUAUAACCACCUUACAACAUUUUGAAGUUUAUUUUUUUUAAGUGUCAAAGCUGUGGCCUUCUGCGUUACAUGUAAGUACCAUUUUAACAAUGUUUUCCUAAUAUAUUUCUUUAUAAGCUCUCCUGUGUGCCUUUAUACAUAAAUAUUAGAACUUCCUACAUGUAUGUGGACCAAUUUGAAAAACAGUAUUAAAGCCCAAGUGCAUCAAUGUUAACGUACAUAAUGGGUAUAUUAUGCUGCAUUUGGACAAAUCACUGAUGGCAAAUUUCUAAGCAAUUACCACCACAUUACCUUUCACCUGUAUUUUGGGGUUGCUCAGAUACGGCAGUUUAUUGUGUUUAUAUAUGUACAAAACAGAUGAAAAGGUGCUUUUUCAGUUUUUCUGCACGUAGAUAAUUAUCAGAGUAAACUCGAAUAUAUUGUAGAGAAUAAGUUUACAUAAAUACAUGCACAAUAAGUGAUCAUAUGUAGCUUCUGUUGAAUUUCUAAAGCUACCUGAGCAUACUCAACAACUUUUUUAAAGGCCUGCUGCAUUCAAUUAUUUUGUCCAAUAAGUAUUGCAAAAAUGCACCGUCGUGUCUUCAUUAGCCUUAUUUUUAGCUUUUGUUUCACUCUGUCAAAGGGUAUUUUGCUGCCUUUUUGGUGUCAUACUAAUAAAGAUUUCCAUAUUCAUGAGCAAACCUGUAAUGUCACCCCACGAAAAAAGCAUCAAUGUUACAUUGGUUUGUACACCCAAAAGUCCCACAUUUUGUAAAUUUUGCAAGGCUGAAUUUUCCUGUCUUUGCUGAUUCAUCCUUGAUUAUGUGCAAAGCAGUAAACAAUCCCUUUCUCUGAUAUGUUUUCAGUGAGGAAAUUCUGGGUUCACUAUCUGAACAAAUAAAACCUAUGCACUGAACAAUGUAUACCUUCCUGAAUGACAUUAUAGCAACAGCUCCCUCAGUUGUCCUGGAAAGCAUGGAUAAUGUCCAGUGUUUAAAAAGUGCAUUUUUCAAUGCAUUUAACCAAAAAGGAAUGUAAAAGAGUUUUCAUACACUGAACAAGGGUAUAAAGUUGAAGAAAAAUUGAGUUUAAAACAAUUCAUUACAACUACAUGGUAAGUAUAAAGCUUACACCAUACCCUCUUGUAAGGGUGUAAAACUGUUGACAUAAAAUU